AUGGACAGUACAGCAGUCUUCCUCGGCCUAGAGCCACAGCAGGAUCUCACAGAAGACUUCCGCUCUACGUCCAUAAAGAGAAACCCGGAUCUCCAGCACUCGCUUCCAGGAAAGUGCCUAGAUAAGCUGAGACAGCGCCAGGACUUUACCGAUCUUAGCGAGCAGAUUGACAAUCUCUCCGCUCAGAUCACGGCUGCCAUCACGGAGAAAGGGCGCCAAGAGCUCAAGGCUCAACGGCGCUAUGUCUAUAAUCAGCGUCAAAAGCUCAUUAACGAAGAGUUAGCGAAUUACCACAGGACGCAACAGCGAGUACACACCACCCAAUAUAAGGUAGACGACCAGGGCGAGUGGCACCGCAGUUACUUUGACCGUGUUAUCCGCCGUAUGGUUCCUAAGCGCGAUCGCCUCGCUCGUACUUUACCGAUCGCCGCCCCGCUACGAAGUCCAGAAGGUAUCUCCGCUCUCCAAGACCUCAUUGCACUCCGCACAAACGAUUCCCGUGUUACGUACCAGGGAGUGUUACGGCCUAUAGGAGGUUGCUAUCCAGUGCCGACCUGCGGCCAGGAGAUAAAAGACAUCGUCGUGCAAGAGAGGUAG